AUGUCACUUUUCGGCGCCGGCGCGACGGCAGCUGCGGCGGGCCAGACAAACACCACCGGCGACAUUUCCAAGGACGUCGCCCUCAACACUCCCCCCGAGGAUGGCAUCUCGGAUCUCCGCUUCUCGCCUACCAGCGAGCACCUAGCCGUGGCCUCGUGGGAUAAGAAGGUCCGCAUCUACGAAAUCAACGACCAGGGACAAAGUGAAGGCAAAGCACUCUUCGAGCACGAAGCUCCAGUUCUGAACUGUUGCUGGUCUCCAGUAAGCUCACACCCCAUCUCACCCAACCCCACAUUAUUCCAACCCAAUUCCCUAUUUACCGUAACUAACAUCUUUUUUUUUUCCUUCAUACAGGAUGGAACUAAAGUCGUCGGUGCUGGUGCCGACAAGGCAGCCCGCAUGAUCGAUCUCGCCUCAGGCACAACAACCCAAGUUGCCGCCCACGACGCCCCCAUCCGAAGCUGCCAUAUGAUCCCCAAUCCCUCCGUGGGCGGAACUCCACUCCUGAUCACCGGCUCGUGGGACAAGACCGUCAAAUACUGGGAUCUGCGCCAGUCGACCGCAAUUGCCUCCGUUGAGUGCCAGGAGCGUGUCUACACCAUGGAUGUCAAGAACAAGUUGCUCGUCAUCGGCACCGCAGACCGUUACAUCAAUAUCAUCAACCUCGACCAGCCAACAAAGUUCUACAAGACCAUGCAAUCACCCCUAAAGUGGCAGACGCGGGUAGUCAGCUGCUUUUCUGAUGCCUCGGGCUUCGCCGUCGGCUCCGUCGAGGGCCGCUGUGCUAUCCAGUACGUCGAGGAGAAGGAUUCCGCCUCAAACUUCUCGUUCAAGUGCCACCGUGAAACCCCGCCUGCCAACCGCGAUGUCUGCAAUAUCUACUCCGUUAACUCUAUCACUUUCCACCCCAUUCACGGUACCUUUAGCACUGCCGGUGCCGACGGUACUUUCCACUUCUGGGAUAAGGAUGCUAAGCACCGUCUCAAGGGUUACCCCGCUGUCGGAGGCCCUAUCACUGCUACCGCUUUCAAUCGUACUGGAAAUAUCUUCGCUUACUCUGUCAGCUAUGACUGGAGCAAGGGCUAUUCUGCCAAUACCCAGCAGACUACCAACAAGGUCAUGCUGCACCCUAUCGGACCUGAUGAGACAAAGCCCAGACCGAGCACGCGCAAGCGUUGA